CUUUAGUCUCUUCAGAAGAAACUUUUUGGUUCGUUUCUUUGCUUCAUAGCUUUUGCUAUAUUCUGAUUCUGAGAAUUACUUCUACUCUAGUCACUAAUCCACCGGUUGAUUCUUUCGGAUUUGCAUAUAAAGCAUUGGAUUUUUACCAUUUUUUCUGCCUCAAGAAUCGAAAAAAUGAAAAUCUUUCUUAGGUGUUUCAAACCCAAAUUCUACAAGAAAUGUAAAUCUGCAACAAGUUACAUGAAGAUUCGGCUAGAAAUAGUAAGGAAAAGAAGGAUUGCAAUGAUUAAGUUUUUGAAAAUGGACAUUGUGGAAUUUCUCAAGAAUGGCCUUGAUUAUGAUGCUUAUAGAAGAGCAGAAGUAUUACUUGAAGAGCUUAGAAUUAUAUCGUGUUAUGACAUCCUUGAGCAAUUCUGCGAUUGUAUCUCAGAAAAUCUCUCUCUUAUGCUGAAGAAAAGGGAAUGUCCUGAAGAAUGCAGAGAAGCAGUUUCCUCUUUGAUAUAUGCAGCUGCAUGGGUUCCUGAUGUUCCUGAACUUAAGGAUCUCAGGGCCGUGUUUACGCGUAGAUUUGGGAGUUUCAUUGCUUCUUCUGUCAAUUAUGAACUCGUUGAGAAAACUGAACUGAGAAGAAGACCAUCACGUGAGCUCAAGAUUCAGACAGUGAAAGACAUUGCAAAAGAGUUUUCUAUUGAUUGGGAUCCUACAGCCUUGAACCUGUUGCUGCUUAGACAGACUUCAGCUUUGCAAAUUGAGGAUAAGGUCGAGUCAGGAGCUGAUGAUCCGAGGAUUGAGAGAAAGAAAAGUAUUGUCAAUGAUCAAAGUGAGGAUGAGUCUGUUCUUUCACAGGCUUGGACAAGAGAUUCAUUGUCACACCGUAGUUUAAGUUCGAGUUCAAGGUCGAGCUUUGGUUCUCCAAGAAGAGACUCUGGAAUGGAAAAGAAGAAGAAGAAGAUUUUGCCUUACGGAAUAAUCUCUCCUUCAGACACGAAACCAGGAGCUGGAAACGAUGAGAAAGCACAAGAGGAGAAGUUAGAGAAGAAGAAGAGUAAUGAUCAAGAAAACUCUAAGUUACUUAAGCCACAAGGCAAUGAUAAAGAAACUUCAUCAACAAGAGAGAAGGAGAGAAUGUCGUCCUUUCAAAGACCUAAGCUCUUGGAUUAUGAUGAAGCAAUGGCUAGGCUUGCAGCUCUUCGCAGGAGAUAAGGGUUUCUAAGUGUGAUUAUUAGCUAAUUAGAUUUCAAUAACUUGUAAGUAUGUAUCCUUGUUAGCUUGAAGUAGUAUACUAGUUGUCUCUUUUCAUAACAACAAAGAAGAAAAGAAAAGUGGAGACUAAUAGAAAAUACUGAGAAAGAUAGCGAUAAUGCUCUCUUUGUUAUAACAAAAUCAAUAUCAUAAUGUAAGAUAUCGUGCGUUAUGCCUCUGAGUUGAAUAUUGUC